AAGACGAAGCAUGACUGCAAACACAGUUUCACAAAGCUAACUGUACAGGUUCUGCCAGACUUCAGGACUGCAGAGAAGCAUCCACAUGGUCGUCUGAGUGCAAGAAAUAUAAAAUGGCAAACGAGACAAUCAACAAUCAAUCUGCACUUGAAGCACAGAUCAAUCAUAUUGCUUCAAAAGACAACAUGGAGCAGAUGAAGAAUCUGACCUCCUCUAACAUAAAAUACAACGAAGUGGCAGCUCUGGCUACCAAGCUGGAAAACCUUGCCCAGAAUACCCCUCUACGUUUUAGCUCUGAAGCAAUGAGGCCUCCAACCAAGAACAACUCUCGGUUUGGAAACUUCAGCCAGCACUCCUUCUUUUCUAGGCACAACCCACACCCACAUCGUGUAACCCACAUUCAAGGUCUUAAUGGAAACCCCGUGUGCAUUGUCAAUGAUGAAUGGUCUGUCACAUCUCCACUCUUUCCUCACCCCAUGAUUAAAAGUCAGUUACCCACCAAUAUGUUUGGAGUGCCAUGUAGCAUGCCGAUUGGGGAUCCUCACGGGAACAAGGCCCCAUUCCUUGCAGCUGGUUGUGUCUCUGAAGCAUGGCGUGAGGAGCUGAGAGAGCUAGCUGCUAAAGUCUGCACUUCUGACAAACAACCAGUGAAGAAAGAGGUAGAUGAGCCACGAAGAUCCACCCAAUAUUCAGCUGAAACAGGGCGUAUAAUUCCACCAUCAUCACGAGCAAUGACUCGCCAAGGAUCACGCAAAGCAAACAGAAACAGCAUCAAAAAAUCUAAAAACUCAGCCACUUUUUUUCAAGACCAGGAAUUGAUGAUAUUAGAGCUGCUAAGCCAAAUUUUGCAAACAGAUUCUCUCACUGCAAUCCAACAAUGGCUCCUGUCUGCUGGACAGAAAGAGAAAGAUCUAGUAAUGGGCAUGAUUCAAACAGCAACUGCCAACAUGCAGCCAGAUUCACAGACAUUUGGCAAAUCUAUGGGGGACCGGCUCCAUUCUCAGGCAGGCCUUGGAUUGCUGUCAAGAGAUGAGUACCACCAGAUGAAAAAUAUGGAAAGGUCCAGCAACAAAGAGAAACAAGAACCUAUCCCAGAGGAAGAUAAACCAGAGCAUAUGGGUGCUGCAGAGGUGCUCCAGAUACGCCCAUCAGACAAUGAAAACCAAAGUAAGACUGGCUCAGUUGAAUAAUCUGCAUUUCAUAUGGCACCUGGACAAACUAUUCCCCAAAACCCAGCCAGACCAACCUGUUGGAAAGUUUUUUUGUGCUGUCGUGUGAUACCUUUAAAUUGUCUCUGACAACUCUUCCUUAUCCCCCAUGCUUUAUUUUCACCCAGCUGCAGUACAUUAAAUGACAGGUUAUUCUAAGAAGCAAUACCUCAUACACAUUGCAUUUUGGACAUUGAAUAAAAUAUUCAACGCAU